AUGGGGUUUAUCAAGAUGUAUAAGGGAAUAAAGGAAGCAGUUCUUAGUGGGGAAACAACUCCAUCAUCGCGCGGCAAACGUAUUAUAUUGCCAUCUUCGUUCACGGGAGGUCCAAGGUAUAUGAUUCAGAACUACCAAGAUGCAAUAGCAAUAUAUAAGGUAGUUGGUUAUCUAGAUCUUUUCAUUAGAUUCACAUGCAACUCCAAGUGGCCUGAGGUCAAAGACAUUAUCAAGAAUGGAGAAUUAAAUGCAGAGGACAGACCUGACAUAGUUUGUAGGGCAUUCAAGGCUAAACUGGAUAUAUUAAUUAAAGACAUCAGAGUGAACAAAAUUUUUGGUAGAGUCUCUGCAGCUGAGGACAUUGAUAAAAUUAUAUCAGUUGAGAUACCUGAUAAGAAUAUAGAUCCUAGAUUCGUGGAGUGCACAACAGUUGAUGAUGAUGGCUACCCAGUAUAUAGACGCAGGGAGGAUGGAAGUACUAUUAACAAGUCAGGCGUCGAUCUUGAUAACCAUUAUGUCGUUCCGCACAAUAGGCUACUGCUGAUGAGAUACGAUGCUCACAUAAAUGUGGAGUGGUAUAACCAAUCAAGAUUAAUUAAGUAUUUGUUCAAAUAUGUCAACAAAGGUUAUGAUCGCAUAAUAGCUUCAUUCUAUAAGAGUGCAAUAGAGAGUGCUGAACUGGAUGAAUAUGAUGAGGUCAGUAUGUAUUAUGACUGUAGGUACAUAUCUCCAUGUGAAGCUGCUUGGAGAAUUUUCGGAUUUAACAUACAGUAUAGGGAUAAAUCAGUUAUGAGAUUAGGCUUCCACUUAUCGGAUGAACAGAAUGCAAAUAAGGACUACAUAGAAGCGAGAUCACUAACGUAUGUAGAACUACCUACAAAGUUUGUGUGGAAGGCGAAUGAAAGGAUGCAGUUGCCUCGAAAAUCACAUUCUGUUAUUGGAAGGAUUUUCUAUGUUCCUCCAAGAUCUGGUAAAAGUUAUUAUUUAAGACUUCUGCUCAACUACGUCAAGGGAGCGACAUCAUAUGAGGAGAUCAGGACUUUAGAUGGUGUCAUGUAUGCUACAUUCAAAGAUGCAUGUUACGCCCGCGGCCUUCUAGAUAAUGAUAAGGAAUAUGUUGAUGCUAUAAAGGAAGCUAAUCAUUGGGAUCAGGAACAUAUUUGA